AUGGAAGAAGACCGAGAUCCAUUAAAUCUGAAUUUCGGGACAGAGUCAGCUCAUCUUGUGAAAACGUUGCUGGAGAGACACCACCACGCUGUCACGAGGGAGCAGCAGGAUGACUCUCCUGGCAGUGAGAUGAUUAAUAACUGGGUUGCUGGAAAAGACUUUACAGUCGAAGUCGGGGAAAAGCAGAUUAAGGAGUAUAUUCAAACCUGGGAGAUACAGCCCCGCUGGCUUUACAGUCUGGACUUCCUCUACUCAACCGAGGAGGAGCAUCAUACCUUUUAUCACUACCAGGCCCGCUUCAGUACCCCGACGUCGCGGAAGCCAAUUCAGGGGACAGCUAGCGUCUACUUCGUCGUGGACAAAUCUAAAGUCAAACCACAAACUCUGCCCGUCGAGGUGCACUUCAUAGUGGAGUCAAACAGGCUGGUGCACACACCCGGCAGGACCAGGUUCAGAGAGAAGUGGCUCGCGGACGUUAUCGAGAGCAAGACUUUACUCCGUUGUGAGAUGCACCUUUGA